CCAAUCAACUGACACGCGUUUCCUGACGUGGCCAUUGUCUUGGCGCCUCUCUCUCCUCCGCAUCAUUUUCUCGAGAAAAUCUUCUCCUUUCUCACACGACACCGAGAAAGAAAAUGCCGGAAACCGAGUCCCUAGGGUCGGUGUUUUCUCGCUUCAGAAAAAUGAAGUCGUAGCAGCGUCGCUCCUUUUUACUAUGCAUUCGUAUUUUUCACAGUUUCAGGUGAAACACAGGAUACUGGACUACCUCAUUAUAUGAUCCUACAUCUGCUGAAAAGCAAUUUGAUCCUCUUUAAUUUGGUACUUGACCAUGGGAAAAAGUGAAGCUGAGAUGUCUUCUAAAUCUGAUAAAAUAUCCUCCUCUGCAGAGGAACAGACCAACAUCCAUCUUCUCAACCCUGACUGGGCAUCUAUACAGGCAUACUAUGGAUCUGGAGUCCCUCUUCUGGCACCACAUUUCAACUCUGCAGUCCCGGGCAGUCAUUUUCCUUAUCCAUAUGUAUGGGCUCCAUCUCAGAGUUAUUCUCCAUCUGACACAUUGAUAUCUCAGCCACUGAUUCCACCUUAUGGGGUGCCCUACACGGCAAUCUACUCACAUGAAGGUGUUCAUGCACAUCCUGCAGUUCCUCUUGUUGCAACUCCAUUAAGCAAAAAAGCUCCUUCUAGAUCAUCAGUGGACAUGGAUCAAGGCGUUAGAAAGAAGUUUAAAAGAUUGGAUGGGCUGGCAGUACCUGUAGGCAAUGUUAGCACUGAGGACGAUGCCGGAGGCUCAGUCUAUGAGGUGUCACAGAGUGUGAAACAUGGUAUUGAUGGUUCUACUGAUGGAAGUGAUGGAAACACUGGAGCAUUCCUACCCCAGAGGAAUAGCGGUUCUGAGGGCAUCCUUUCUACUGACAAUGAUGGGAACUUCCAUAGGUUUGCUGGUUCCUUAUCUGAAGGAGAAGCAUAUGCAGCUUCCCACAAGGUUUCUGUGAACUCUGUGGCCCCUACAAAUGUUGCAGGAAAAUCUGUCAGACCCCUUAAUAGAAAUGAAGAAAUUCAUGCAGCUUGUGUUGCUUCUAGCACUAGUGCAGGGUCACCUUUUGAAGUCUGUCAACAGGAUGAACGGCAGCUGAAGCGAGAGAGGAGGAAACAGGCUAAUAGAGAAUCUGCUAAGAAGUCCAGGUUGAGGAAGCAGGCUGAAAAUGAGGAACUGAGAAUGAGAUACGAAACCCUGAAUGAGGAGAAUAAGGCACUGAAGUUUGAAAUAAGCAAGCUAACAGAGCAUUUGGACAAAGUGAGGCUAGAAAAUACUGCAUUACGGGAGAAGCUGAAAAAUAAACAGCAGCUUGAACUGCAAGGAGAGAUGGCUCCAUAUAAGAUUGAGGCUGAUUUGAUCCUUCCUGACAGUCCUGAGGAGGUAUAUAAGCUGAAUGACUCCAACUCUCUUAACCAAAAUGUGCAGAUGGAAUGUGGGAUCCAAGAGAACCCAAAUUCUGAAACCAAGCUCCAUCAGUUAUUGAAAUCAAACUCUAGGACAGAUGCAAUUGUGGCAGGCUGAUCAGAAACCUGGUCUUAAUCUGUAUCCUCACAGUGUAUCACAAUCUUCUUUAAUAAUGUGGUUUCCGCUUCUGACUUGCAGCCCGGUCCACUUGUAUAAAACACUGGUAGAUUUAGAUAAUGCAGUUAGAAACCAGGCCAGCAUGUAGCAGAACAGAGAUAAAUACUAGUGGCAUUGAUUAAUUCCUAGUUUCACAACUCUCCCAUUGUUUGGUUUAAUGUGGUUUUAUUAAAUUUCCAGAUUCUGCUGAAAA